CCCUCUUGCUGGUCACAACUCACAUCCACAUCGAUCCAGAUCCCAGAGAAAGCUCAACAGUACGAAUUCUCGCUAUGGCCAGAACCAAGCAAACAGCCCGAAAGUCCACCGGAGGCAAGGCACCGAGAAAGCAGCUCGCAACGAAGGCAGCCAGGAAGUCCGCACCCGCAACCGGAGGAGUGAAGAAGCCCCAUAGGUUCCGCCCAGGAACAGUAGCGCUGAGGGAGAUCCGAAAGUACCAGAAGAGCACAGAGCUUCUGAUCCGGAAAUUACCCUUCCAGCGAUUGGUCCGUGAAAUCGCACAGGAUUUCAAAACGGAUCUCCGAUUCCAGAGCUCCGCCGUGGCUGCUCUCCAGGAGGCCGCUGAGGCCUACUUGGUUGGGCUUUUCGAGGACACCAAUCUCUGUGCAAUUCAUGCUAAGAGGGUCACUAUUAUGCCUAAGGAUAUUCAGCUGGCGAGGAGGAUUAGAGGUGAGAGGGCUUAGAAUUACGUUUGGCAUGUGAUUUAGGUUUUCCCUACUGGUAAAAUUGUAACUGCAGGAAAAAAAAAUUUAGCUACCUUCUAUGAUAUGAUUAUCUUUGUUGAUUUUGGAGUUUCAACGCUCCUUCGGUGGCUUCGGUGCCCCCUUUUGUGGUCCUAUUACUGCUUUAUAAAUGGUCUUCAACUCUAUAGUUGGAUCCACUGUUCUAUCUAAA